GCAUUUGGUGCUCCGAGAAGCGCAGGAAGGAGCCCCGGGCAGAGCUCUUCCGCAGGAGCGAAACCUCGGCCCCGUUCGCAGCAGAUCUUCUCCUUUCAAGGCGCAGCUUCAAGCCGGCAGAGCCUUUCCCGGGAGGAGCUCCAGCGCCCCCUCCUGGGCCUGGCCUGCUUGUGCGCCACGCUCAAAAACUUAGGCGAGAGACAUCUUUUCUCAGUGGCAGUUCAGCGUGCAGCCCACUUACUAAAAAAAGAAGCAGGAAAGAAGGAAAGCAUUCCUGGUUGUCCUGGUAAGAGAACUUUCAUUGGGAAAAUACUUGUGAAUUGAAAUAGCACAGUGAAUUUGAUCAUGCUUCGUGUGUGAAUCGGGUUACCCAUGCCAGAUUGUUUGUGCUAGCAAGUACAGUGGUACCUCGGGUUACAUACGCUUCAGGUUACAGAUUCCGCUAACCCAGAAAUAUUACAUCGGGUUAAGAACCUUGCUUCAGGAUGAGAACAGAAAUCGUGCUCUGGCUGUGUGGCGGCAGCAGGAGGCCUCAUUAGUUAAAGUAGUGCUUCAGGUUAAGAACAGUUUCAGGUUAAGAAUGGACCUCCGGAAUGAAUUAAGUACUUAACCCGAGGUACCACUGUACUUACUCAUUUGUGCAUGUGAAUGAUCUCUGUGGUGUAUGGGGUAGCACCUCUGGUGGGGGACACGUUGUGCUCCUUCUGGGGUAGUUUGUCCACCUUUUGGCCCCCACCCUGCACUCAACUCUCCCCUGUGGUUCCUAGAAGCUGUUGGCAGGUGACAGCGGCCACAUUCCCAGGAAUGACUUUGACUGGCUAUCUGAUCAAGGCCUCCAGCUGGUCUCAAAUCCUCAGUGAGUCAGGGACUUCCUCUGCAUGCAGAGACAGAGUCGGGCAGAUUGAGCAGACAAGACCCAGAGUGGGUCCAACAAUCAAGAAGGCAAUUUCUGUAGAGGAAAGCGAGGGGCAGAUGGGGCUCAAGGGAGUCCACCUAGGAGAAGGCAAACUCUGGUGCCUUGUGGGACAUCUUCAGGAGAUAGAGUAAGGAGUAAAGCCUACACAAAUCUGGAGUCAAGUCCCUAAGACGGUUGGAUGUCUCCUAUAUGCCUCCUUCCAGCAACACCUGCAGCCAAGCUGGUGCUCUGCUUUCCUUUGGACCCCAUCCGUGAGGCCAAGAGGGGGGUCUUCUCAUCUGGGCAGCCCAGGACCUCCAUGCACACGGCCCAGGCUUGUGCCCCGGGGGAGAGGUCAUUUUGGCACCACUCACACAGCGCUAUGACUUCACACCCCGAGGUGAGAAUCCCUGAUCUGGUGGUGGGACUUUAAAGGUAAAGGAAAAGGGACCCCUGACCGUUAGGUCCAGUCAUGGCCGACUCUGGGGUUGCGGCGCUCAUCUCGCUUUAUUGGCCGAGGGAGCCGGCAUACAGCUUCUGGGUCAUGUGGCCAGCAAGACUAAGCCGCUUCUGGCGAACCAGAGCAGCGCACGGAAACGCCGUUUACCUUCCCGCCAGAGCAGUACCUAUUUAUCUACUUGCACUUGGACGUGCUUUCGAACUGCUAGGUUGGCAGGAGCAGGGACCGAGCAACGGGAGCUCACCCUGUCACGGGGAUUCGAACUGCCGACCUUCUGAUCAACAAGCCCUAGGCUCUGUGGUUUAACCCACAGCGCCAGCCACCUUUUAAAGCCCUAAAAUAAAUUUGUCUGUUCGACCACCCCUAGUCACCAUUGCUGCAAAUUCCAUAAGUUAUGUGCAAUGUGAAGAAGGAUUGUUGUACCUCGCUGUUGCUACAUGUAAGGGUUUUUUUUAAUGUACAAAGGUUAGGAAGCUUCUCACUUUGUUUAACAGAGUCCAAGGGUCUCUGUUGGAGAGUUUUGCAGUAGAAUUUUCAAGUGGGACCUGUUAUCAAAAUAGGAUCUCCCUGAGAAGAAAAUAAUAAAACUCUUGUUUGCUGCCAACUUUUAUCAUUCAGCUGACAAACUCCUAGAGGACUACAUCCAGAAUUCUGAUUUAAGGCGAUGCAUGCACAGUAGCUUACCUGCAAAACUCAAUCUAAAUGUUCUGUUCUUUGUCAUUGUUGAUUCUUGUUAUUACUAUCCUCUUACAGAUGCACAAUGUCGGCUGAAAAUAAGCAACAGCCUCUUAAGAAGCCAGCAUUCAGCAAAAAGCAAGCCACUGAAUUGGUCCAAAAGAUAUUCGGAUUAACGGUCUUGGAGCUCAAACCGUUGCCGAGCUAUGAUGAUCAGAAUUUCUAUGUGUGUGCUUCGGCUGCACUUGAAGGGAAAGCAGAGAGCGCCCAGAAUUUUGUCCUCAAAAUAAUCAAUUGUGAAGACAGCCAGAACACUGAACUCAUUGAGGUGCAGACCCAGGUCAUGAUAUUCCUGAAUGGCGAGGGCUUUCCCGUGCAAACUCCUCAUUCCACGAAAGAGGGUGGAAUAAUGUUUCUGGAAUCCAUAGGUGAGGGGGUGGAACAUGCAUCCAACAUUGCUAUUCUGCUGGUGCCAGAUCCCAUCUAGUCCAGCAGGAGACCAGCUGCCUUUGAGCAGCUCACAAGCAGAACAGGAGGGCAGCUGCAGUCUCCCUGCUUGUGAUCCCAUACCCUCCAACAUUUCUCUGAUGAAAAUAGGGGUGUCCUAUACAACAACAAUUUUAAUAUUUAUACCUUGCCCAUCUGGCUGGGUUGCUCCAGCCGCUCUGAGAAGCUUCCAACAUGUAUGAAAACAUUAUAAAACAUUAAACGUUAUAAAAUCUCCCUAUAGAGGGCUGCCUUCAGAUGUCUUGUAAAGGUUGUACAGUUACUUAUUUUCUUGAUGCCAACAUUUCUCCAAUUAAAAUAGGGACGUCGUAACAAAAAGCAGGACAUUCCAGGAUCAAAUCAGAAACUGGGUGGCUUCUGUAAACCCAGAACUGUCCCUGGAAAAUAGGAGUGUGAUUGUAUUGCAUUUAUUUUUUGAUACUCUUAUUUCUAUUUUGAUAAUUUCAUUAUUACUGUUUUUAAAGUCAGUUUUUUUAUUGCUGUGAUAUCCUUUUGUGUAAACAACUUAGAGCUCUUCUGUAUGUGAAUGUUGCUGAAUAAAAUUGAAUCUCUUUGCUUCUUAGAUACUAGCUCUGCCAAAAGAGCAUAUAUAGUGCGGCUGUUGAGCUACCUCCCAGGCAAAACGGUGGCCACGAUCCACACGAGUCCUCCUCUUCUGUAUGAACUUGGGCGGAUGGCAGCCAGGAUGGACAAAACACUCACAGAGGUGAGAUUUUGGAAUAUGCCUUAGUUUUAGGUGAGCCCCGUAACUAAGACUAGCUGCUAUUUUAAUUUCCAGCAACGCCAUGGAGUAAGCCAGCAGUUUGGGUGCCGGGGGGUCAACCUGGGAUUUGGGUGGGCUAAACAUUUUUUGUUGACUUUAUAUCACUUUUAUGUGCGUCUGCUGGUGCCAAUCUGUAACCAUUAGGCAAUGUGAGAUAUUUGGCUCCAAUGUUUGGGUAAUGGAGAAAGCUGAAAAUGCUCACAUGGGGGUGGGGGGAGGGGAAGAUGCAGAAGGUCUGGGGUUCAGUGCCCCCCAGUAUUUCCAGGUUGGAAGGGGUAAGGCCUCUGCCUGAAACUCUGGACAGCCACUGAUCUGGGAAGAUAGAAGCCAUCACAGCAACACUGCCUAUAUAUGGACUCAGCAAUUUUGUUUUGUUUUUAAUUGAAACAAUGUAUUCCUGUCCCCCCCCCCUCCGCCACCCAAAAGAAAUUCCAGCAUCCAUUGGCGAGAAGUCUCCACCGAGGUGGCUUCAUCUGGAAUCUGGCUAAUGUCCCUCUCCUGGAGCAAUACAUUCAUGCGCUGGGCCGGAGAGAAUAUCUGGACGCAGUGAAAUGGGCCAUUGAUCAGUUCAGGCAUAAAAUAGUCCCAAACCUACACUCCUUUCGGCCCUGUAAGUAUCUUUUUAAAGAAAUGCACAGUAAUAUACAGUCAUACUUCAGGUUGCGAUCGCUGCGAGUUGCACGUUUUUGGGUUAUGGAAACACUGAACCCAGAAGUACCGGAACAGGUUACUUCCGGGUUUCGGCGCAUGCGCAGAAGCGCUGAAUUGCGACAUGCACAGUCGCAGUGCUGUGGGUUGUGAACGUACUUCCCGCACAGAUCACGUUUGCAACCCGAGGUUCCACUGUAGUUGUUGUUAUUUGCAGAGGCAUACCUUGGCAAGGAGCUGUACCAGCACCCCCCCCCCGAAAAAGCCCACUUUACGAGAAGGUGCGAGAAGGAUGGGAAGCUCCUCUUGCAGUUGAUCUCGCUGUGACACCGGCAUUGUCUGCACACACAUAUUGGUCAUGCAUUCCAUAGUCUGAUAGGUAAUUUAUGCGGGGGGGGGGCAUAGCUUAUGUCCGGGGGAGGGGGCUGGUUUCACCGUCCCUAGGUGUGCCUCUGACUAUUUGAUUUUAAUUUUGCUAAGUGUUUUUUAUGUGCCUGAGGGAGGUGGGGUGGGGAGAGAGAUGCUUCAUGCAUGUGGGAGCUCUAACUUCCGUGUGACGCGGUAGUGCUCAGUUGUAUAUUAGGCCCCAAAUUAGAUUAAAAUAGUGAGCCUUAAAGUACCACUGAACUCUGGAUAACUGAUUUCUGCAUAGACAUGUAUCAAAUUGCAUUGUAAGGCAGGGCCUACUGUAUAUUAUUCUAAACAGAUUGUUGCCUCCCUUUCCAAUGUUCAGGCCAAUACUUUUCCAGUCAAAACAACAUCACAAUAAGAAGACCCUGCUGGAUCAGGCCAGUGGCCCAUCUAGGCCAGCAUCCUAUUCUCACAGUGGCCAACUAGAUGCCCAUUGUGGGAAGUCUGCAAGCAGAAUUUGAACACAACAGCAGUCGCCUCCCCUCCUGCACUUGCGGGUAGCUGUGGAGGCAGAGCACAGGGCAUCCUGGCUGGCAGCUGCCCACAGCCCUCUUGUCCAUGAAUGUGUGUAAUCCUCUUUUGAAGCCAUCCAGAUUGGUGGUCGCCCCUGCCUCCUGUGGGAGGGGGUUCCAUAAUUCCAUGCCCAAGUGGGAGGCAUUGGCAGGCUUGGGGGAAACUCCAAGGGUUACAGAAGUGCAAAAAGUAAUCUAGAGGGGAAGUUCUAAGGGGAAGGGGAGCUCAGCCCCAAAAGACACCCCAGUGAGGACUGAGCAUCCUCAUUGGCCUGACAGUUGGGGAGGGGAAACAGGAUAACGACAUGGAGUGGCUGGAAUCCUGAACAGAAGCAUUCAGCACUGCAACAUUCUGUUACAGGCCCCACUUGAAUUAUAUCAGUUUUUCUUUGUUCUCCACUUUCAGGUAUCAUUCAUGGAGAUCUCAAUGACCACAAUAUUCUAGUAGAUACCGAUUUUACUUCCCCUAAACGCUCACAGUACAGGGUGUCUGGUAUUUUGGACUUUAGCGACAUGAGCUAUGGCUGCUACGUGUUUGAAGUAGCGAUACUCAUCAUGUACAUGAUGAUUGAAAGCAAGGAACCCCUCAGCGUGGGAGGCCACAUUCUCGCGGGAUAUGAAAGCAUCGUCCCGCUGACGGAGGAGGAGCGAGAUGCCCUGUUUCUCCUAGUGAGUGGGAGGUUUGCUCAGUCUCUCGUGAUGGCUGCCCACACCACCCUCCUGCAGCCCGAGAAUGAAGAGUACUUGAUGACCACAUCCAAGACAGGAUGGAAGCGCUUGCUGCUGCUCUUUGAGAUGGGCCAAAAGGCUGUGGAGAUGAUCUGGUUUAACACAGCAGAAGCGUAUGCCAAAAAGGGGCCUUCCUAAAUGUUGGGUUACAUGGUUAUGGGCCGCUCAGAUUUACAGUUUUAAAAUGGGGCUCUGCCCAGAUUAAAGUUCCAGAUGUUAUGAUCAGGGAAUCUAGAAUACUGCUACCUGAAUGAAUUAUGCCAAUACUUACGGCAUUUAUCCUUUGCAUAAUUUCAUCCUGCUUCCAAAAUCUAGUUUUUCAAAGAAUUUCAGAUUUAUUCCAUUGGGCAGAGCCCACACACAGAGGCCUCUGGAACGUCUGACAAAAACUAAUGCCUGUGUUUGCUUUUUUCCUCCUCCCCCCACAACCCCCUUGCCUUUUGUGCCCUUGAUUGUAAGCCUGUAGGCAGGGACCAGAUUUUUACUGAUUGCUGUAAGCUGCUUUGGAAGCCUAUUUUCAUCUGAAGAGUGGGAUGAAAAUCACUUUAAAUAAAUAUUUUUGGGAAAGCUUAUUAUUCUA